AACCAUAGCCCAUUAAUGAGUUUUGGAGCCAGUUUUGUCAGUUUUUUGAAUGCCAUGAUGACAUUUGAAGAGGAGAAAAUGCAACUGGCAUGUGAUGACUUAAAGGCUACAGAGAAACUUUGUGAAAGUGAAGAAGCUGGAGUUAUAGAAACAAUCAAGAAUAAAAUUAAAAAGAAUGUUGAUGGACGGAAAUCUACUCUAUCCAUGAUAGAUCGUCUACAAAGACAAAUAAUUGUAGCAGACUGUCAAGUCUACUUGGCUGUGCUCUCGUUUGUAAAACAAGAGCUAUCAGCAUACAUAAAAGGUGGGUGGAUACUCCGAAAAGCCUGGAAAAUUUACAAUAAGUGCUAUACGGACAUUAAUACACUUCAGGAAAUAUAUCAGAAGAAAACAACUCAGGAAUCCUUGACUUCUGAUGCUGCAAAUGAUAAUCAUAUUGCUGCAGAAGGUGUAACGGAGGAUUCGCUAAACAGACUGAAAGGUGCUGUUAGCUUUGGAUAUGGACUUUUUCAUCUUUGCAUAUCCAUGGUGCCCCCAAACCUGCUCAAAAUCAUCAACCUGCUGGGUUUUCCUGGAGACCGCCUACAGGGGCUUUCCUCACUGAUGUAUGCAAGUGAAAGUAAGGACAUGAAGGCCCCUUUAGCUACAUUAGCUCUGUUGUGGUACCACACAGUUGUUCGUCCCUUUUUUGCCCUUGAUGGCAGUGAUAACAAGGCAGGAUUGAAGGAGGCAAAAGAAAUUCUUGCCAAAAAAGAAUCUGCUUAUCCAAAUUCUUCUCUGUUCAUGUUCUUCAAGGGGAGGAUACAGCGAUUAGAGUGCCAAAUUAAUAGUGCCUUGACCUCAUUUCAUACUGCUUUGGAACUUGCAACAGACCAAAGGGAGAUUCAACACGUCUGCUUAUAUGAAAUAGGUUGGUGUAGCAUGAUAGAGAUGAACUUCAAAGAUGCAUUUGAAUCCUUCGAAAGGCUUAAGAAUGAAUCCAGGUGGUCCCAGUGCUACUAUGCUUAUUUAACAGCAGUGUGUCAAGGAGCCACUGGUGAUGUCAGUGGUGCUCAGAAUGUGUUCAAGGAAGUUCAGAAGCUUUUCAAAAGAAAAAACAAUCAGAUUGAACAGUUUUCAGUGAAAAAGGCAGAUAGAUUUAGGAAACAAAUGCCAACCAAAGAGCUCUGUGUCCUGGCAUCCAUUGAAGUGUUGUACUUAUGGAAAGCCCUUCCAAACUGUUCCCUCUCAAACUUGCAGCAUAUGAGUCAAGCUUGUCAUGAUGUGGAUGAUUCAUCGGCUGCUGGUUUGAGGAAUUUGCUUCUUGGUGCCAUACACAAAUGUUUAGGAAAUUCUGAAGAUGCUAUUCAGUACUUUCAGCGAGCUGCUAAAGAUGAACUCUGCCGUCAAAGCAACUUGUAUGUCCAGCCAUAUGCUUGCUAUGAACUUGGCUGUAUCCUGUUGGACAAUCCAGAGACUGUGCCAAGAGGCAAAACCUUACUGCUCCAAGCCAAGGAGGAAUUUUCUGGCUAUGACUUUGAGAACAGAUUGCACGUCCGCAUACACGCAGCCUUAGCUUCUCUAAGGGAAGUGGUUCCACAGUGACCGACAGGAAGGCUUGCUAUCCUUUCCCACAGUUCCUGCACUUUAGGAUGAAGCAGAAGAAAGAGCUGUUGGGAAGUCCAGCUUUUCUUCUGAAAACCACUUGUGCCAGAGACACUUUGCUAGUAUGGUCAGAGUUGGUAUGGCUGAGUAAAAACAUUACAAUUUUAACUAAAGGUAAAUCAACCAGGAAGAAGGUUAAGUGACCUUGUGUUUUAACUUAAUUUUUUAUUUUGUUCAAACCAAGCUGAACACAGUUGUUUGUAACUCUGUGGGUGAGCCUAAA